GAAAAAAAAAGUUUGGGACGUGCGUCAGACACAUCUGCGCAUAGUCAAACUUUUGGACGCUGCAGCUUGGACACACACGACUCGUCUCCAAAAGUUUACGGUUAUUAGUCGUGCUUACUUUUCCCCUCCGAGCAGUUUCCGCUAAAAAAUAAGGAUGGGAGUGAGCGCGUCAGAUUUGAAGCGAAGGAAGUGACAUGUUGUGAAAGCCUAAUGAGGUGACUUUUUCUCCUCUGGCAAAAGAAGAACUUUGACGGUUCCAUGUCCGCGGAGACCGGACACCCUCCACGGGGGCCAGAUAGAAGCCCAAAACCGGAGACCGGCUCCUCUUUGCAGCCCCUCAUUCACGAUGCUGAACCAUCGGGACCAUCGUCCGGUCACGUGACACAGGAGGACCACUUUGAGCCAAUCAGAAAUCAACCUCAGAUUGAAAAAGGGCAAAAUGAUGUCGGGCCCCCCGCGGCCGAUGCGGGGACAACGUGCAAAUGCUCCUGCGGCAAUGGCGUCGCAGGAGGGCCGACCGCUGCCACGAGAGCAACGACGGCGGUGGCCACCAGGGGGCCGUCCACGCCGGUUUCGCAGAAAAUGCAACGAAAGUUAAAGUCCAGCCUGUCGGUCAACAGCGACGGCAGCCGGCAAAGCUCCACCGGAUCGUCGAAGACGCCUUUACCGGAAGACUGCUGCGUGCACUCCAUCCUGGCGUGCCUCUUCUGCGAGUUCCUAACGCUUUGCAACCUGGUGGUGGCGCCGGCGUGGUGCGGCCCGUGCGCCUCCGAGUCGUCGUGGUGCUGCUGCUGUUGCUGCUGCGCCGAGGACAUGGGCGACGACUGCAACUGCCCCUGCGACAUGGACUGCGGCAUCAUGGACGCCUGCUGCGAGUCGUCGGACUGCUUGGAAAUCUGCAUGGAAUGCUGCGGCAUCUGUUUCCCCUCGUAGGGACGCCUCUUCCAUUUUGUUUCUCGCUCUUCAAGUACUACAACACUGUAAAAUGUGACAUCUCAUGUUUAUGUAUCCAUAUCUACUGUCAUGGAAUUUCAGGAAGGGGCUGAUCAGGAAUUGAAAUUGCCCGCCGACUCACAACGAGGCGCUCGCUGUCGUAUUGUUUUUGGCAACUAAUGAGGCGAGAGGCAUUUUUGUAGCUCGUCUCCGCUCGGCCGAUAGCUUUGAUGCUCAGGCGUGCUCAUUACCGGCGCUACUUGCUAACCGAUAGCAAAUUGUUACUAGCUAACAAAGAUAUUUUUCUGCCAUUUCGUACUAGAUUACUUGGAUUUUACUUUAGUUCAGUCAUCCAGUUGUUUUUGGCCAACUUUUACUGUUGAGAAAGCACAAUGUGAAGAUUUUUUUGGGAGAUAUCUUAGCUACAGAAGUCCUUUAAGAUUUGACUCAUUUUCAAGCUUUGCAAUUUGAUGUAUUGGUUAAAAUUUCUCUUAUUGUUGCUGUUGUACAUUAUUUCUGAAUUUUAAAAUAAACAGUCGUGUAUUCGCAUCGUGCAACUUUUGAA